AUGGAUUUCGUCAGUUUCGAGUCAUUUGCCAAUGACGAGCACCUCCCGCUGCCCCAGCCGUCCCUUCUGCUUCCCCUCAAACCACACAUUGAAAACUUGGGGCUCAUGUCGAACUUCUCAAACCUCAAGUCUUUCUUGAAGCUGAAGGAACAGCAUGUAGAGGGUGAAUCCGAGGCUGCAGAAGCCCAUCUCGCUGAAAAAUACGCCAGUCUCUCGCUUAAAGCAUUGGAUGUGGGGGAUCAAGGCGAAUCAACUCCAGAAACGACACAGGCUUCAGAUAGAGUCUCAGCACUCUCUAAACGGUUGGCCAGAGCACUCAAUCCAGCCUUGUCAGAUACGGAAAUCAAGGAAUUGUUUGGAUUGUUGGAAUCAAAGAACACGGAUAUCUCUGUUAUGGCUGAUCCAGGCGUCAUGGGGUCUGUGGCACGGAAGAACGUUAGAGGAGAAGUGGAAGCUGACUUGAUCAAAAGCCAUUCAGUGGCAUUGGCAGACUACGGUAAAGUGGUUCGUCUGUUGGAGGUACUAGGAGGCCGUGUUGAUAAUCUAGAUACACUUGUGGCCGAUAUAAACCAACGUCUUGACGCUGACCAGAAAAGUGCUUCUCAUAUUUCUAAAGAUAUUCAUGAACUCACUACCAAACAGGCAGGCUACAGAAUCAAAAAAGAGCUUUUGGCUAAUUUCAAAAGAACAUUCACACUCAAUGAAUACGAACAGCUUUUGCUUACGUCCGGCGACAUCAAUGCCGAAUUCUUCACAGCUCUAGCACGCGCCGAGGAAAUAAACGACAAGUGUCUGAUCCUUCUAGCCUUGGACGAUCCGCUGUUGGGUAAAUCGGUGAUGGCUAAAAGUACCGAACUUAUUGAACGUGCAGUGGGCAAGAUUUUGACAUUUUGCAACCGUUCGUUGACAAACUUAUACCUGAUGAACGAUAAGUCCAGAACUGAGACAUUGCAUCAUUGCAUGGAGUAUCUAAAAAAGAACUCUGUAAGGUACACUGCUGUAAUUGAUACGUAUGUUGAAUCAAGAACAGCUGUUGUUUUGGAGGAGUUUGCCGCCCAGACUAACAGAAAGGGAUCCGCAGGCCAUGUGUCUAAGGAGCCUCGCCCAGUCUAUUAUACAUCUCAUGAUCCUGUCAGGUUUGUUGCAGAUAUGCUAGCGUACGUGCAUUCCGUUGUUGUCAAUGAAACAGAGAUCCUCGAGGGAUUAUUUCAGGACGAUUCCGAGGAUUUUAGGAACACUAAAGCGGACAUGAUGGGCCGGAUACUCGGUGCCUUGGGCAGGCCCGUAAAGGGAACCAUAGAGCAGCUCAUGUCCCAGGAAACGAAGAUCCAGGUUAUGCAUAAAAUCUAUACCAACUUGGAACUAUAUCUUAUGAUGUUCGAAAAGCUUGAAUUUGCCAAAACGCUCGUGGAUAGCUUGAAAUCGCUUCUUGACUCGGCUCGGUCGAGAAUAGUCACCACCGUCAGCAACAAAUUAGCCUCAAUUGCUUCGUCAAAUUCCGCCCAAAUGGACUUGUCGGCAGAUUUGCAGCCGCCGGAAUGGAUACUCAAUUUUUAUGGGGAAUUGUUGCCUCUUGUCGAUAGCAUGACGCUGGAGACGAUCCUUUCGUUACCCAAAGAGGAGCACGAGAAAUUUCUUGACCUAAUCGUGGAUAAGCCGAUCUCUAUUUUUGAAUCUCAUUUGAGCGGCGUGGGUAAAACACUCAACAAAGAAGAGGUGCUCAUUUUCAAAGAGAACUUUCUUGAUUUGGUACUUUCCAAGAUCAUGCCACUCACCUACCUUAACGAUAAGGUACUCGAGCUUCAUGGGAAAAUUGGCACAUUUACGAAAGAGGUUACGAGAUUUCAUUUGGAUAAGCUUUUGCAGGAAUGCCAACUAUUUGAUUUCUUUAAUAUCAUCAACAUGAUAUGUCCCUUGGAUGACGAAAUCUUCGACACUGACAUGUACGAAGCCAUCCAGGAAAACAAGCUUUUCAACGAAGAAAAAAUAGCCACAACCAACGACAUCAUGCAAGAAGUGCUCCCGAGUGCGCUUCUCGAUGUACAGAACAGCCUCAUGAGACUUAACCUGCCAACGAUCGUAACCGAGGUUAUUGAGGCUGUGAUGGUGAGUUUCACGCAAUUCUAUAGGUGUUUCCGAGCCAUUGUGGAGCGGUUUUUGGGCGAUGGUUUGUUCACAUGGCUGGCCAUGGAGGUUGCUACACUUCUCGGGGUGGAGAAUGUAGUUUCACAAGAGUGA